UCAUAGUUGAGCGGCAGGAUUAUUGCGACUUCUCCGUCUAGGAAGUUCCUUUUGAGGUUAUGGCUUCGGGCGCCGGUAAGGCUGCGCAGCCCCCCGGGCCGGGCGCCGCCGUUAACGGGACUGCGGCAGACUUCUCCAACAUCGAGCAGGAGCUGUACGACUACCAGAUGCACAGCAAGAUGUGCAAGAAGAUAGCGCAGCUCACGAAGGUGAUCUAUUCCCUGAAUACGAAGAAUGAGGAGCAAGAGACGGCCCUGCAGACCUUAAACUAUGCCCACCAGGAAGAGAUGCACCGCAUCGUCAUGGAGACGUGCCAUGAAGGGGAGGGGUCAGUGCUUAGGACACGCCUCCUAGAGUUACGGGAGUCUCUUGAUGAGCAGCAAAGAGUUGGAGCCCAGGUGAAGGCAGACUUUGAGAGUUUCCGUGCCCAGACAGAGGAGAGAGAGCGCGAGGCUGAGGCGGAGCUGAGAAAGAGUUUUGAGGAAAGCCUUGCAACUGCAGAAGAGGAGCUCCGAGAGGCCAAGGUCCAGCUUAGCGAUGCAAAGGAGGAGACCCUGCAACUGGGUAAAGCCCUGGAGAAGGCUGGGGAGCAGGUCCAGGAACUGGAGGCCCAGUGUGAGCAGCUACAGAUGGCAGCUGAAGAGGAGAAGAAGAGAGGAGAGGAGGAGCGAGCGAGGGGAGACGAGGAGAAAAGGGCUGAAAAGAGAGAGGAAUUGGAGCGAGUGAAAGCGCUCCUCGAGGAAGUGAAGGUGCUGAAGGAAGAGAGGGAUCACGCUGAGGAGGAGAAGCGGAAGGCAGUGAGAGAGGAAAGGGAGGGGUGGGAGUUAAAGAUGAGCACCCUGUCAGAGGAGAGGGAGGAGGUGAGAAAGAGGAUGGAGGCAGAGCAAAGGGAGGAGCGGCGGAGGUGGGAAGAGGGGGAGGAAGAGAAGAAGAAAGGACUGCACAGUGCUCUCAGAGAGAGAGUGAAGAGGGCCGAGGCGGAGGUCGAGAGUCACCUGCAGAGGCUCGACGAGGGCAAGAGAAACACUCUCAAACUGCAAGAGAGAAUACAGGACCUGGAGGAGGAGUUGGAGCUGGGCAGGAGGCGCGUCUCUGAGGCGGAGGGCAGGGCUAAGAGGGCGGAGGAGGAGCUGGCAGUUGCCAAAGAAAGGUUGUUACUACAGGAGGACGAGCUUCAGAGUAGAGCAGAGGAACUGCUGAGCCGCAGUGGUUGUGAGGUGUGUGUGUGUGCAGAGGUGGAGGAGCUGAGGAGUCAGCUGAGCCGUCUGCAGAGCAGGAACAGAGAGCUGGAGCUCCAGAGCAGUGGCAGAAACAGUGACCACGCCCGCCAGAUACGCCAGCAUGCAGAGGCCCUGUCCAAUCUGCGGUCCGAGAUGGUUAGAGCCCAGACCGAGGAGCUGCGGCGUGUGCAGAAACAUGCUGACGAUGAGAGGGAUAAACUGAAGAAGGAGAUGGACAGAGAGAAGGAGAGCAUCCAGAAGGAGAGAGAACAAGAGAAGGACCAUUUAGAGAAAGAGAGGAACCGUCUGCGCAAGGAGAGGGACGAGGAGAAAGAGGGGCUGCGCAGAGAAGUGGAAGAAGCCAGAGAACGGCUGAGAAAAGAGAAGGAGGAAGAGGUAGAGUGGCUGCGCAGGGAACUGGAUGUAGAGAGGGUCCGCAUGCGCUCCCAGCUGGAUGGGAACAGGGAGCAGGUCGAGGCGGAGAAAGCCAUCCUGCAGCAGAAGCUGGAGGAGGAAAAGAAGAGGUUGGUGGAGAAGGCAGAGGAGGACAGGAGGCGGUUGAAGGAGCAGGUGCAGAGGGCGAUUGAGGAGGUGAUGAGGAGACAUGCGGCUGAGUUACAGAAUGCCCAAGAAGCACUGAGUUCAGAGAAGAAGACCAACCAAGAGGUAUGUGUUCGUUUGGACGAGGAGAGGAGAAUCAGUGAGGAGGUGCACAGGGGGCUGGAGAGAGAAAGGGAGGAGCUUCGGACACAGCUGCAGGAUGCCACCAAUGAGAUCUCUAGGCUAGAAUCAGUCAUCCAGCAGCAAGAAAACAGUGAAAGCGUGGCCCAGGAAGCCCCGCCGACAUGCGGACCACAGUGCUCACGUUUUGAGGAAGAACUGCGUCAGACCCAGAGCCAAUUGGCUCAGUUACAGGAAGAGGGGGAGAGGCAGAGGGAGCGACAGCAGAGAGAGAUAGCGUCCCUGAGGGCUGACAAGCACAGGCUGGAGGAGAAAGUCCUGGAGCAGAGCCGACUGAACACCGAGAGGAGCUUACUAGAACAGAGCCAACGUAAUAUCGAGGACAGAAUCAGGGCAGAGUGUGAGGAUCGUCUCAGAGCAGAGUUCAGGAUCGAACUGAAUGCCGCUGCAGCCGAGAGUGAACAGAGAUGGCAAAGCAGAGAGGAGGAGCUGCAGACCCAACUAGCCGAGCUCCAAGCCACACUAGCUGAUUUGCAGUCACCGCAGGUGGAGAAAAAGAGGGCAAGCCUGGGAGAUGAUUGCCACGGGAACCCUGAGAUUGAAAGGCUGAGAAAGGAGGUCCAGGACACCAAGGAGAUUAACAGGAAAUUGAGGGAUCAGCUGCAGGAGCCCCAAACCCAGUCUCUGGCUGAGGAGAGACACAGUCAUGCCAUGACCCUGCAGGCCAUAGAGAGAAAGACUAAAGAAGAUGUACUGUCUGAGAGGAACAGACUGCAGACACUACACAAUCUGCAGCUAGAUAAGCAACGUGCAGAAUUAACACAGCAGCAUACAGAGUGGAGCAGACAGAUAACGCAGAGACACAUGCAGCAGAUAGAGGAUUUACAAGCCGAGCUACAGACACACACACAGAUGAUGGCCCUGCAACAGGACCUGAAGCAGCAGAACCAGUGGCAAGUGUUUGAGCGACAGCUGGAUGAGAGUCGCUGUGCCAUGCUGGAGCUGCAGAGGGAGAACACGGCUCUGAGGGAACAAUUAAAGGACAGGUCGACUCAGGAGAAGUUUGAACUGGAGGAGAAAGAAGAGGUGAAAGUGGAACCGUUGAAGAAGAGAGAUGCCCAGCUGGAAGAGGAAGCACAACACCUUAAAGAGGAGGUGGAGAAACUGAGGGUGGAGAUGGAGAAGCUGGAGGAGUCCCAGAAACACUGGGAGGACAAGAAGGAGGAGGAAACAAAAGAAGAGGAGGAGGAGAGGAAGAGAGAAGAGGAGGAGGAGAAAAGGAAAGAGGAGGUGGAGGAGAUCAAGAGAGAGCACAAGAAGGAGCUGCAGAGUUUGGUCUCUGAGUACAGCAGUGCACAGACACACAUGCAGGCUCGUAUAGCGGCCUUAGAGACCGAGCUGCGUGAGCGGGAAGACAGAUGCAGGAAGAGAGAGCCUCGGUGUGAUGAGCAGCAGCUGGGGAGGCUGCAGGACAGACUGACAGAGAGAGACCAGCUCAUACAAAGAUUAGUGGAGGAGCGGCAUCAGCUGCAGCUUCACCCUCCUGUCAGCGGGGACAACAGCUCCCCGAGGCUCCGGGACAAAUCCCGCCCCGGAAGUGUCACACCAACCAUGAGGAGGAAGCGUCUGGAGGAGUCUCCUUCUCACCUCACCAGCAUCCCCAAUGUCAGCGCCUAUGACAAGGGCCUAUUUGUACCCCACUCCUCUUCUUCCUCCUCCUCCUCUUCCCCUCCCUUACUCAAUCAGCACUCCUCCUCCACCCUCCCGCACCCAUCUGCCUCCCACCUCCAGGUGUCCCCCAAAUACUCCACCUCCUCUCUGCCACACAAGCACAAUUCCCUCUCCCUCAACCAACAUUCCUCCACCUCCCUCCCCCGCUCCGCCAGGUCCCGGACUUCCUGCACCCCUCUCACCCCUGCUCCCACGGCUCCCCUCCCCGUCUGCCCCUCCCCGCAGACAGGAAUCCGUUACGUCGCUCCCUCUUCCCAUGAGCCACACCCACAGCUGCAGGCUCAGCUCAACAGGGGCCGUUAUCUGGAGCAGAGGGGGACCGGGACAGAAGGGCUGAAGCAGGAGUGGUUUACCAAAUACUUCUCCUUCUGAAAGCACACACACACACACACACACACACACACACACACACACACACACACACACACACACACACACA